AUGCCGUUCAUCCCCAACACGCCCGAGUCGCUCCUCGCCCGCAAUGAUUCCAAGAACCCUUCAACAACCUGCCGUGGCAUAACGUCCAGCGGCCGAGCGUGCCGCCGCUCGUUGGCGGCAAACUCGGAUGGGUCGUCCGCGCCCUCGACCCCGCCUCGGCGCCGGCGGGGCAACCUUCGCGUCGACGACCCGAGCGACGAGUCUCUGUACUGCUGGCAGCACAAGGAGCAGGCGAGCAUGUCGGCCCACUCGAGUCCCGGCCCGAGGGCUUCUCACACACCGAUACUCGAAGAGCGCACCAGCAUCGACACGCUGGCGGACCGACUUGGGCUGCUCGACGUGACGCAGAAGCCCUCCAAGCGGCCUGCAGCGGCCGAUGGUUCGUCGGCGGCGAGCAGUUGGGACGAGAAGAAGAAGAAGAUGACCCGGCCGAAACCCAAAACCCAGAGCUUGUCGCUUUGCUGCUGCCUCACGAUUCCAAUCACAGAGGUGUCUGAUGACCCUCCGCCAAGACCAAAACCGAGGCCGCUCCAGUCUGCGCCGGCGAUGAAUCAAGGCGCAACAACCCCGACGAGGCCGGGGAGGCAGUCCAAUCAACAUCUCACCUCGAGCCACUCCUCUCGACCCUCCAGGUCUAGCCUGCCCGGCACACCGUCAAGUGGCCCGCGGCGGCCGCGGCACUCAUCAUCAGCCUCGGCGACCUCCCAGACCGCGCAGUUCAUGUCCCUGAUCCCGCCUACGGCGUCGCCCGAGGUUGCUUCACGUCUGCUAGCCGAGCUCGCAAAGCCCGUUUCCGAACAAGACGACCCUGGAUACAUUUACAUGUUCUGGCUGACGCCGACGGGCGACGAUGCCAGUCCACCGGUCGACGCCGCGCGGUCCCUUUUGGCACCGCCUCCAAGACCUGGCGCACGCUCCAGACGGCCGAGCGACGUGCUUGCCUCGUUUGCAUCGGCAACGGGAGAUGCCAAGGCGAACGGCAAGAAGGAGAAGAAGACGAUCCUGCUCAAGAUCGGACGGGCGACCAACGUGCAGCGCAGGCUCAACGAGUGGACGCGGCAGUGCGGCUACGACCUGUCGCUGAUCCGGUACUAUCCGUACAUCCCGUCGUCCUCGCCCGGCGCGAGCCCCAGCUCCGCCCGGUCGUCGGCGUCCCUCGUCCCGCGCAAGGUCCCGCACAGCCACAAGGUCGAACGGCUGGUGCACAUUGAACUGCAGGGGUUGGGCCUCCGCGUGGCCGAUCGGGAAAAAUGCGACAGCUGCGGCCGCGAGCACCGCGAGUGGUUCGAGGUCGAGGCUUCGCGCAAGGGGGUCGAGGAGGUGGAUCAAAUAAUAAGGAGAUGGGCCGACUGGGAUGAGGGAAGGAGUUGA